GAGAGUAGGCAGUAGCCCCAAUUUACAAUUUCUCUUUGGGGAUCCCUAGCGAGGGAACAGAAGCCGUCACAAGUGAGAGCUUGUCCUUAUUGAUCUCAAACCCAAAAGGUGAGUCCUUUAUUUCAUUCACUUAAGAAACCCAAACAAAUUCACAAAAUCCCGUUCCGCAUUUUCUCGAGAACCAAACAAACAUCAAAUAAGUUUUCAAGAGCUUCUUCCACUUGGCGUUAAAAAUGGAAGCCAAUUUCUUCCGGUUUCUGAAGAUUGUGGGCGUGGGAUACAAGGCCAGAGCCGAAUCGCAAGGUCGUUUGCUGUACCUGAAAUUGGGAUACAGCCACGAGGUUGAACUGUGCGUGCCUCCUGCUGUUCGCGUUUUCUGCUGCAAAAACAAUGUCGUUUGCUGCACUGGGAUUGACAAGCAGAGGGUUCACCGAUUCGCUGCGGCCGUUCGCAGUUGCAAGCCUCCUGAGGUCUACAAAGGCAAAGGUAUUAUGUACAUUGAUGAAGUUAUUAAGAACAAACAAGGGAAGAAGUCUAAAUGAUUAUUGCUGUUGCUGGAUUUUAUUGAAAUUGGCAGUUCUUUUCUAUUUUUUUUUUCUUGUAAGAAUAAGUUUGAUCUGAUUUCUCAGUCCAUUGAGAGAAUUGUUGUAGCUUUCCGUCUUUGAAAUUAUGAGGUGAAGUUGUGUUGAUUCUCAAA